AUGGCGGAUGGACAUCAACGAAGUCUUGCUUCCAUACUCGAGGAUGUUGAAGCAAAUCAAGGACGUGUGCUGGACAGUCAAACGCGGCUGUGGGAGGCGCACCGUCAUGUUCGGAUUCGCCUUGAUAGAGUCGAGCAGCGACUAAAACAGCAGUCACCGCCAGAGCGGCACAAGGUGGAAAACGUUGUUGGCGUCGGCGGUCUGGAAAUCGACGUGUGGCCGAACGGAACGCGGAAGGUACGUCUUGGCGACGUGACCAUCCACUACCGACCUCAAUCUUCCGACGGCCAGACUGUGCAGACACCCGAUAGCACACACAACACCAAUAACCGCCACGCACGUCGGACAUCAGGCAACCGAAAUGAGAAUCUCCAGCAGCCGCAGCCUCCAUCAACUACCACUCUCACUGGCGGACCGACUGAUACCGACAUUGAUGCUGUAGUGGCCACCUUCCCUUCAAUCAUUGCAGCAGAGAAGUUGGCGGACGUCGCAACAAGUUCGAAGAUUUCUGAACGGACGCUUGACCGGCUUGAGGCAGUACUUCGGCAUCGUGGACGGCUCGCCGGCUCAAGACGGAGCCCCAAACCAACGCAGCCCACCCCGAUCCCUGCCGACAAACUAGCCGUCACAUCUACUGGUCAGCACAAUGAUCAGCUCGAAACAGCAGAGCACGAAUGGGAGGUUGUCUCACCAGUGAGCCGUGAUGAGCUCGAUGAUGUCAAUGAUGAGGGGGACCAUGAACCCGAUGCUCAGCGUAACAGCACCUCACCGGAGCUGGAGAAUCACGGGUCGAAGGUUGUACCACUGGGCACUUCGGACGAUGUCCACGACCUCAAUGCUCAGGAGGGCCGUCAGCCCGAUAAUGAGCACGACAGCAGUCCACCGAAGCCGGAGCCGGAGCCGGACCAGCCUUCUCAAGCUAAACUCAAUCAGGAUGCCACAAGCCGUGAGCGUAGGUCAACAUCGGAAUACGACUCGGAGCCAAUUGUGGUGCCCACUCAACGCGCAUAUGUCGACAGCGAUGCAAAUCCACCAGAUAAGCUCCAGUCGGAUCAGAUAGGCAAACUCUAUCGUGGAAGGGGCAGUACCUGGCAGACUGUGGAGCGAGGACCGUCGACCGACAGGACGAUGUACCUCGACCAGAGAGUGGAAGGCAACACCGCCAACAUCAUUCCAGGGCCCUCCGAUCAAGGACGCAUGACACGUGCUAAGUCGGUGAUUUCCUGGAAGGCCGGUGGCGUAGCAGAUACCACCGCGCCGAAGAGACUGCAGGCGGCGGUGGUGCGACCAGUACGCAAGCCGGCACGAAAGCCAUCAAACGCCAAGGGAGCUAACCGAGCGACCGUAAUAACAUUCCCGAAUCUGCCUGGUGAUGGCGAGGACCUUGAGCCCAUCGAGCGCAAGCAUUCUGCAGUGAAGCACGAAGACAGAGAAGACCACGAAGACCCUGAUGACCAUACCGGCCCACCGAGACCCGAUGUGAAACGGAAGAGCUCAGCUUACACCUUCCACGAGCCCGAGGUUAGGCCAGCUGGUCACAAAGUGGCACAGCCCAGGACAAAUAGCCGUUCGGAGCAAACGCAGCAUGCGGCGGUGCAGCGUGAGAAGGUGAAGCAGCGGCCACAGAUUGCUCCGCCUCAGCCCUUUUCUCGUGCGGCUACGCCUCGAUCGAGCGUCAGUGGGACGGCGGCAAACGUGUCAGCGACGCUCACUGGGCAGGCGCAGCUGCGUAGCCAGCAUCCACUUGCCCAGGAAUCACGUAAGCGACCCACGGACGAUGAGGACGAUGAGGGGCAGGAGCGCGAAGAGCAGGAGCGUAAGCUGAAGAAGUAG